GUAGAUUUGACCACUUCCCUCCUCAAAUCAGAGCGAUGGCCGUUGGUACAAUACAACACUAAAAUUUGGAAGAAUUGUCAUUUCUUUAUAAAAAUUAUUGUAUUUAGUCCAAAAUGGUAAGCCAUUGCCGUGAACGCCUCCUAUCUACCUCACUUGAUGACUGGUGAGUCAGUGACAAGUGACCUACCUACCCCUCUUGGCUCUUCCAUUGCAACUUCCUCUGCCCAUUUUCUUAUUCUUCACAUCUUCUCCCUCUCUAUUCUCAACUUUUAGUCCUCUCUCUCCUUCUCUCUCUAGCUGAGACCAGAGGUAGGAGGCAAUGAGACCUACCAGAGUACUGGCGGCUCUGUUCCUUGUGCUAGCUCUGUACUGUGGGCUAGACCCUUUCAAGCACAGUGCGAUUGUGGACUUCCCGGACUUCGAAGCCUAUAAGGUGGACAUGCCCUCUUGGUCCUCGGUUCCUACAGAGAGAGACCCCGAGAAUCUUCUGCAGAAAUCGGAGAUUAAAUUUCUGAACCAAGUGCAAGGCCCUGAGAGCGUCGCCUUUGACCCACUUGGCCGUGGACCUUACGCGGGUGUUGCUGAUGGCAGAGUCUUGUUCUGGAACGGCCAGUCUUGGACUGAUUUUGCCUAUACUUCGCCUCAUAGGUCAGAUAUAUGUAGUCCAAAGCCAUCACCUCUGAGUUACUUGAAGAAUGAGCACAUCUGUGGAAGACCUUUGGGGCUUCGCUUUGACAAGAAAACUGGUGAUUUAUACAUUGCAGAUGCAUAUUUUGGGCUGUUGAAGGUGGGGCCAGAAGGUGGUUUGGCAACUCCACUAACAACUGAGGCAGAAGGGGUGCCAUUAAGAUUUACUAAUGAUCUAGACAUUGAUGAAGAAGGGAAUGUUUAUUUUACAGAUAGUAGCACCACAUACCAGAGGAGGAACUUCAUGCAGUUGGUUUUCUCUGCGGAGGAUACUGGGAGGGUCCUAAAAUACAACCCAACCACAAAGGAGACCACUGUUCUUGAGAAGAAUCUCCAAUUCCCAAAUGGUUUGUCUCUAAGCAAGGAUGGUUCCUUCUUUGUUUUUUGCGAAGGAUCCAUAGGCAGAUUACGCAAGUAUUGGUUGAAAGGUGAAAAAGCAGGAACUUCAGAAGUAUUUGCCGUGCUGCCUGGAUUUCCUGACAACAUCAGAACUAAUGAAAAUGGUGACUUUUGGGUAGCAGUCCAUUGUCGCCGGAAUAUGUACACUCAUCUCUGUGCUUUAUUCCCUCAAAUAAGGAAAUUCCUACUCAAGCUUCCAAUUUCAGCAAAGAUUCAGUUCCUGAUUCACAUUGGGGGCCGACCCCAUGCAGUCGUUGUGAAGUACAGCCCAGAGGGCAAGAUUUUGCAGAUAUUGGAAGAUAGUCAGGGUAAGGUUGUUAAAGCUGUCAGUGAAGUGGAAGAAAAGGAUGGAAAAUUAUGGAUGGGGAGUGUUCUGAUGCCCUUCAUUGCAGUCUACAACUUAGCUUGAGGUAAAAGAGUCAGUUUACCUAGUACUAUUAGAAUGUUAGAGGUUUCUUCAACCUCUCAUUCCCUCCCUCAUUUCUUCUCUAUAAUUUUCCUACUUUAAAAAUGUUGAGGGCUGGGAUUGUCGCGUCGUGCAUCUCCGUUGUAGGUGUUUCCAAAAUGUAUGCUUUAACUUUGUAAUGACCUCGUUUCUAAUUAUACAGGGGUUAAUUUGCUUCAUCA